AUGCCAUUCAAAACGCUUCCCAGUGAUCUCAGAAGUCAAGUUAAUGCUGUGGUGAAGGCAUACUCUCCUAGUGAAAAAGUGUUUCUACAUUUGGUCGAUUAUUAUGAAACAGAGCUCGUCGCAAGAUCGGCGCCUGACAACAAGAAGAGAAAGUUCGACAAUUCUGGAUCUGUGGCCGACGUUUCGGCAUUGCCAGAGAGUUUAGAGGGAUUGCAAAUCAUUCUUCAACUCCCAGAUCUUUCAGUGCAAUCGCCUUUUAGAAAAAAAGUGAACAUGGUGAUAGGAGCUUACACAGAUAAGGAGCCACUUCUAGCGUUCACUAAGUCGAUCAAGACGAGGCCGGAAUUCAUACUUGAUGAUCUUAGUGAUGGUAAUGUGGAGUUUGCUACGAUUCUUCAAGUUCCGGAUAAAAAACCAUUACGUAUGCUUCUUAUAGCGUAUAAAAAGAAUUUGGGUCAUCUCUACAAAGAUGGUACCCUAUUGGUUCAAUUCAAUAACGACAUACUUACUGAACAGUUUGGUCCUGUUUUACAAAAUAUGAAUCUUACCGAGUUUCUUCUGAGGCAAUUUGCUGUAUUUAAGUUAUUAAUAGUGGAUGGCACUACUGAGGAUGUUUUCUUCGUCCAUACAUACAUUGGAAAUAAGGAAGGACAUCUCUAUUUUCUUCCUGACCAUAUGAUUUUUGGAUUCAAAAAGCCUAUUCUUGUCUUCAAAACAUCGGAUAUCAUCUCUGUUACUUAUACAUCGAUUACAAGAAAUACAUUCAACGUUUCUCUUGAUGUUAGGACUGGUGAAGAAGGAGAAGAAGCUGGUGAGAAAAUCGAGUUCUCUUUAGUUGAACAGGGAGAGUUUGAGAAGAUAGAUCAGUACGUGAAGAGCAAGAAGUUUGAGGAUCGAUCAAUGGCUGAGGAAUUAAAGGCACAGAGGCAAUUGAAAAGUAAGAACGAUAAGGCUGGUGCUCUUAGUGAAGCAGCCAAGUUAGUUCCUGGGGGAGAGAAGAUUAUGGGAGAUGUCGAUGAUGAUGACGAUGAAGAGUUUGAUGCUAACUAUGAAAGUGACGGAGAUGGAUUGGACGGAGAUGACGAGGAUGACGAGGAUGACAAGGAUGACAAGGAUGACAAGGGAGGAAACAACGGUCAUAACGAUGAUGAUGAUGAUGAUGAUGAUGAUGACAUCGACGACAAUGAUAACGAUAUCGCCGAUUACACAGACAUUAAUCUCGAACAAGAACUUAAAGACCUUCAGGACGAUUUAGACGACGACGACUAUCUCAAAAUGGCCGACUAUGGAAUGCCUAAUUAG